ACAUGAGACUGCUUGAGCACCUCCACCAGAGGGAAAGUGGAAGUGGCCCCAAGAAAGAGGGAACCACGAAGCAGUUUCAGUGUGGAAAGAAGAAACCCUCUGGUGGCCUUGGCCCGGGAAUAUGGCGGUUUCAAGUGCAAUGCUGUACUGAAAUGGUACCAGAAGAAGACAGAAGGUUACAUGGCAAUGAUAGUAAGAAAUGCUAAAGAUAUAGCUCAUACAAAAGCAGAAUGGAAUAUUCUGGAAGAAGUAAAGCAUCCCUUCAUCGUGGAUUUAAUUUAUGCCUUUCAGACUGGUGGAAAACUCUACCUCAUCCUUGAGUAUCUCAGUGGAGGAGAACUAUUUAUGCAGUUAGAAAGAGAGGGAAUAUUUAUGGAAGACACUGCGUGCUUUUACUUGGCAGAAAUCUCUAUGGCUUUGGGGCAUUUACAUCAAAAGGGGAUCAUCUACAGAGACUUGAAGCUGGAGAAUAUCAUGCUUAAUCACCAAGGUCAUGUGAAACUAACAGACUUUGGACUAUGCAAAGAAUCAUUCAUGACGGAACAGUCACACACACAUUUUGUGGAGCAAUAGAAUACAUGUGAGCUGCAUGUUAAACAUAAUUGGUUUGGAGCCUCCAUUUACUGGGGAGAAUAGAAAGAAAACAAUUGACAACAUCCUCAAAUGUAAACUAAUUUGCCUCCCUACCUCACACAAGAAGCCAGAGAUCUGCUUAAAAAGCUACUGAAAAGAAAUGCUGCUUCUCAUCUGGGAGCUGGUCCUGGGGAUGCUGGAGAUGUUCAAGCUCAUCCAUUCUUUAGACACAUUAACUGGGAAGAACUUCUGGCUUGAAAGGUGGAGCCCCCAUUUAAACCUCUGUUGUGCAUCACCCGGAUCUCUGCCUUCACGUUCACAUGGUGUUCUACCUGUGUGCGUAUCUGUGGCCAAAUUUCCCCUUUUUCUAAGGAUACCAGGCAUAUUGGAUUAGGGCUCCUCUCUACUCCAGUAGGACCUCAUCUUCGCUCAUUACAUCUGCAAUAACCCUUUCCAAAUAAGGUCACAUUCUGAGGAACUAGAGCAAUCUGAAGAGGAUGUAAGUCAGUUUGAUUCCAAGUUUACACGUCAGACACCUGUCGACAGCCCAGAUGACUCAACUCUCAGUGAAAGUGCCCAUCAGCUCUUUCUGGAGCUUCGCCAGAAUACCUCCUGGAGUUGUUGACAUUGGGCCCUACUGGAACCUUCCUGAAUGAUCAGCGCUCCUGGAUGGGCCCCACCGCGGGGUGCCGCAGCUCCACCAUGUGCUCGCCGUCGUCCUCCAGCUGGUUUACGCUCUGCUCCUGGCUCAGCAGCUCGUGCUGCUUGAAGUCUGGGGGCGAGUCGGGUGAGAAGCGGCGGUGAGGACCAGGAUGGCCCUGGUCGCCCCCACCUGGCCCCAACCUCUGCCAGCCGACCUCGUACUCCCGCCGCACGCCCGCAGGGUCGGCCAUGAGGUCGCUCCAGUCCUGCUGCAGGAUGCGGCACUGCUGCUCUGCCAGGGCGCUCAGCUGCCGCGUGCAGCCCUGCAAGUGCGUGUACAGGCUGACCAGGCUCUGCCCGCGCCACGACGCCGCCUUCUGUGCUCAGGACCCGCCGCCAGCAGCAGGGUGGGGAGAGAGACAGUGGGGGGCAAAAGGCGCCAUUGGGCCGCGCUCAGGAACACUGGCCCCGGGCAGGGUCCAGGCGGCCACCCAGGCCCACCCGCAGCCACCCUGCCCGACCCUCCCUCCUGCUCACCAGUAGGUCUCGGUAUUGGCUCCGGAUGGUGGCUGCAUCCUGCCUCGACCAAGGGGAGAAACAAACCCGUGAGAGGUGGGGCGCGGGGAGACGGCCCCCUAAGAUCUGGACCAGCCAUACCCCACCCACCCCUAUCCCCAGGGCCCAGCCGAUCUAGCUCCGGCUCUGACUGGAAAAACAGGGGCUGGGGCUGGCCCCGGAUGUGACAUCCUCCCGGCUCACCCACCGGCCCCACGAGGCUCCCCAGCUGCUCUCCUUGGUCGUCGAUCUCGUUCUGCAGGAUGUUGAGCUCCGCGAUCUGUUCCUCCAGCUCCGCCAUGCCCGGCCCUUACUGGCCUGCGCAGACCUGCUUCUGCAGGAGAGCCGGCGGCUCAGUCACCGCAGGACCGCGGUGGGGAGCCAGAGAACCCCACACGUCUCCCACCCAGAGAAGUGGACUUGGUCAUUUGGGCAGAGCGUGGACGAGCCUGGGAGCAGCCCGGGUGCACGCCCUGCAGCUCACCCAGGGGCGAGGCCAUUCUGCAGUGGCCCCUGAGUCCCACUGGUUCCCAGACGCUGGGCUCAGCCUCUGAGAAGUCUCCAGCUCCAUCCUGCCUUGUCUGUGACCCAGCCUCAGUGCUUCCUGUCUGGACACCUCCAGCCAAGCUCUAGGGCCCUCAGAACGCCCUGCUCCACCCGGGCCCUUCCCCACUGUCCCUCUAUUGUCAUGAUGACACCCCUUCUGUGUGGCAUCAAAGCACAACUCCUCACCCAGGGAUCAGAAUGCCCCAUGACCUGGCUCUGCCCACCUGCCCAGAAAUCCCCAAGUCCCAUCGAACCGUAGGCUUCCUCCUGGCAGGUGCCUUUGCUCCUUCUUUCUGGAAUUGUCCUCUCCUCACUACUUCACCCUGAUCCAACCGAGCCCUCUCACCCCUCUGAGGUCUCUUCAUGUGCCUCCUCCUGCAGGAAGUCUUCCCUGACUGCACUGUCUCCUCUGCUGUCUCCCUGCCCAGACCCCUGAGCCACCCCUACACCCUGACUGUUGAAGCCUACAGUCAGGCCCUGGGUUAAAUGCAGUUCCGUAUCGCUCUCUGAUCACACUGGGGUGUGACUUUGAGCUCCUGACCUGUUUCUGCUCCAGCACGUGUGCCCAGUUGACCCUGGAUCCCACGUCUGGGCGGCAGCACCAUCUUCUCGUACAGGGCACGGUACUCGGCACACUCCUGGGUCACCUGCUCGUGCAGCUGCUCGAUGCUGUCAAGAAGCCGACCCAGGCCGGCAGGUCAGGGCUGGGCCUGGGUCUUCCCCAGGGACCCCCAGCCCUGCCGCAGCCCCACUCACUCCUUCUCAGUCUCCUCAGCCUGCGGGUGCUUGAGCCGCCGGGCCUCGUCCUCGUCCAGGAAGAGGUCCUUGAGCAGCACCUCGGCCUCCUUCAGGCUGCCGCCCGUCUCCUGCUGGUGCUGCAGGGCCUGGCUCUGCUCACUGUUCAGCCGGUCCUGUGGGCAGGGGAUGGGCAGACUCGCCAGGGCCCAGAGCCCCCACACCCCAGCUGCCCAUCACUGUGCGCCUGAGCCCCACCUUUGGGACCCCAGCUAUGCUGGCCAACCUCGAGGCCCACGCCAGGCACAGGGUCAGGCCCAGGGCGUCCGUGGGGCAGGUGACAAGGACACAGGGGAGCCCAGCAAAGAAGGAAGCUGAGCCCUCUCUCCCACCGUGUGUUAGGGGACAGGCGGUGCAGGACAAAUGUCAUCUGUCCCAUCUUCACCAUCACCAGGGGGCACUCAGGGAGUGCCAGGCCUGAUGAUGAGCCUCCCAUGUCACCCAGCCUGCCCACGCCCUGCCAACUGCUGCCAUGCCCGGGGCCUCACCUGCUGCAGCCUCUUCUGCGUCUCCAGGAUGUCCCGCUCCACCUGGUCGGGGUUGGCUUGCAUGCGGGAGAUGAGCAGGGCCAGCUCCUGGGUGGCAGCCCUGGUGGGUGGAGGGGACAGUGGGCAGCUCGGUGGAAGAGGCCCCUCUGUGCCCCAUCCAGGUGGCAUCCCCUGCCCUCCCUCCACCCCAUACUGCCCCCAGAGCCUAGCUCACUGCCCUGACUUUGGGGUCUCUCUCUGAAGGAGGCUCUGUGAGCUAGUCCUGGUUGGGGGUGUUAGCACUGCCCCGCCACAUGAGGGGUCAAAAGGUGAGGGUCUCAGGUCUGUGUGGUGCUGAGGGGGCAGGCGGCCUUGGUGUCCCAGCCUCAGCCAGCUGUGCUGGCAGUGAGUUCCCGACCCCACCCAGCUGCCUGCCACUUCCCCUCCACGAGCCGGUGAAUCACCGGCUCAGCCACUAGUACCUGAGCCAGCCUGGCUGGGCCCUGGGAGGGGCAGUUGGGCUGGCUGGGGCAGGGAGGCAGCAGCAUGCCCCCCACCCCCACCUCCUCCCACUCCAGCCCUGUGUUCCCCUAUACCUCCUCCACCCCGGGGAGCUUUGCCAGAGUGCUGGCUUCAGUAGCCGUCUAGAGGAGCCUCACACUGUCAGAGCCGGGGAGGGGAGGCAGGCACAAGAGACUGCUGGGCACCCUAACAUUCUCCAGAGUUGAGGGUUCAAAGCCCAGAUUGGGCCCUGACUUGCUCUGAGUCACAUGGUCAGGGACGGAGGGGAAACCUUGCUUCCACCCCAGGGCUUUUUCUGUGCAUUCGCCCUGCAGCCUCCAUAGAGCACCUGCUGUGUGCAUGCAGUCACUCUGUGGAGGUCACAAGGUCAAGCAGACCUAAAAGAGGGCAGAUUGGUCCAAGCCUCAUGAGCACAGUGCCUUAUAGGGGAUCAUUAUCCUGGGGCAGGGGAAGCCUUGAACUGGGUCAAAGGAUGCCCCCCCCCCCACACCUCAGGCAAAGGGACAGUGCUGGUGAAGGCACAGCAGUCUGGAAGAACUCUGUGGCCAAGACAGCCUGGUUUCAUCUUUCUCCAUCAUUAAUGCUGUGUGACCUUGGGCAAGUUACUCAACCUCUCUGUGCCUGAGGUGCCUCACUCGUAAAGCGGGAUUUUAAUAAAAAUAUCUAUGCCUUA